UUUAUCAAGUUAUUAUAUAACAGUUAUGAAUAUAAUACUUGUCAACAUACACAUCUUUUACAACACAUACUUAAUAAUAAAAAAUUAAUAUUGUAUUUUGAAAUAAUAAUUACUUCUUAUUUGAAUUAUUAAUACAACAUUAAAUACAAUCUUUGAUAUGAUUUUUCAUCAUCACUCUGGGUUAUAGUUCAAUAUUAUUUUUAUAACAUACAUUAGUUAUUUGAUCUUGUUUUGUAUUCAAGCUCUUUGAACAACAACUUACAAUAAUUAUUAUGGCGUCUAAAAAAUUAAUAAAUUCCGUUAAUAAUGUUGUGGAUGAAAGUCUAUCUGGAUUAUGCACAGCAUAUCCUCAACUUGAUUAUCAUCCAAAUAAAAGAGUUGUUCUCUCAUCAAAUUGGAAUGAUGAUAAAUUAAAUGACAAAAAAAUUGGAAUUAUUUGUGGAGGAGGUAGUGGACAUGAACCAUUUUCUGCUGGUUUUGUUGGUGCUGGAAUGUUGAGUGCAUCAAUUAGUGGUGAUGUAUUUGCAGCACCACCACCAAAUAAUAUUUUACAUGCAAUUAAAUGUGUCACUGGAAAUGCUGGAACAAUUGUUGUUAUUCCAAAUUACACUGGUGAUUGUUUAAAUUUUGGUAUUGCAAUUGAAAAAGCUAAACAAAAUGGUUUAAAGAUUUUAGAUAUUGUUGUUGAUGAUGAUUGUAGUAUACCAGAUGAUAAUUUAGGCAGAGCUGGUAAACGAGGUCUAGUUGGUAUUCUAUUUGUCAUUAAAAUAAUUGGUGGAUUAUCAAAACAAGAAAUGACACUUGAAACAAUUUACAAUCAUGCUAAAAUUAUAUCAAACAACAUUGCAACAUAUGGAGUUGGUUUAUCAUCUUGUUCACUUCCAGGACAAGGAAAAAUGUUUCAACUGCCUGAUGAUGAAAUUGAAAUUGGACUUGGUGUACAUGGUGAAGCUGGCUAUGACAGAAUUAAAAUGAAAAAUAUCAAUGAAAUUGUUGAAAUUAUGUUAACAAGUAUAAAUAAUAAAUUAUCAUUGAAAAGUAAUGACAGUGUUGCUGUAAUUAUUAAUAAUUUUGGUGCAACAAGCCAAUUGGAGCAAGGAAUUGUUGUCAAUGAAGUUGUCAUUCAGCUCAAAAAAAUGAGUGUCAAUCCAGUGAGAAUUUAUUCAGGUGUAUUGAUGACAUCAUUAGAUAGUGCUGGUAUACAUAUAUCAAUAUUUAAAAUUCCAAUUGAUAAUAAAAAUUUAUAUAUAUCAUGUUUGGAUGACACAACUGAUGCACCAUCAUGGCCAGGAUGUGUAUAUAGUUUUCCAAGAAAUAAAAAAAUUAAUUAUCAAGAAGACAAACAUCAGGUUAUUAAAAAAACUGGAAGAAAAUUAGAUGAUAAUAAAAUGGAAAUACUUGAGGAAUGUUUAAGAUCUGCUUGUGAAAAUAUUAUUGAAAAUGAAAUAAAACUUAAUAGUCUUGAUCGUGGAUGUGGUGAUGGUGAUUGUGGAUACACACAUAAAAAAUUAGCUAAUGGUAUUUUACGUUCAUUUAAAACACUUGAAAUAGCUUAUCCAGCUUCUUUAUUGACACAGCUAUCAUGGAUUGCUGAGGAAUGUAUGGGAGGUACAUCAGGAGCUGUUUACAGUUUAUUUUUUACAACAGCUGCAUGCUCAUUAUCAAAAAGUAAUGAAAAAAAUGAUAAAUGGGAUAAAUUAUUGUCUGAUGCUUGGAAAUUUGGUAUUGAUGGAAUUAUGAAAUACAGCAAAGCUAGACCUGGUGAUAGAACCAUGUUGGAUUCUUUAUCACCAGCUUAUAAAAUUUACAAUGAAAAUAUUUUAAAUAAUAUUAAUUUUAAAGUGGCUAUAAAAAAUUCAGCUGAUGCUGCUAGAAUUGGAUGUGAAGCUACUAAAAAAAUGAUUCCACGAGCUGGUCGAGCAGCAUAUGUUAAACAGUCUGAAUAUUUUAACAACGUUGAUGCUGGUGCAUUUGGUGUUGUUGUAUGGUUGAAUGCAAUAUCAGAUAUAAUUGAAAAUUAUGAAAAUUGAUUUUAUUUAUAAAUAAAAAAAUUAUCAAAAUCAAGGAAUCAUCUUUGGUCCAUGAAAACAAUUUCCAUGUUAUCAAAAAUUAUAUAAAUACAUCAAGAAAACAAUAAAGCACAUUGAGAAAUUGAUUAAGAUAAAAAAAAAAAAAAAAUUAGAAA